GUAUGCACUAACACUGAAAUAACAGAAAAAUAAGCCCAAACUAUCCAAACUAAAAAGGAAGGCUCAUAGGAACCUUCGAAAGGACAACAAUAUUAUUAUCAUUAUUUUUCCCUUGGGUUCCUAGUGGAACAUACAGCUUCAGUAGCAUGCCUCCAUUCCACUCUCUUAUCUACAGUCUUCAAAACCUCACUCAACAACUACCCACAAGCUUCCAUCUCCUCCCCACAUCAUCUCAUCCAUGUCACACUCACAUCACAAGACCAACUCAUCGUUUCCCCUUCCCAUUACACUCCACUCCACGGCCUCGUCUGCUGCAUCAUGUCCCCACUUCACCUUCUCAGUGUAUACACAAUCCAAUCAAUCUCAACUCCCUUCUUCUUCUUCUUCCUCAUAUUUGUUCGGUGAUAGCUUCUUGUCUCGUUGGUUGGUUAGGAGGUCAGAGUUGCUUGUUGGUCAUUCUUGCUUAUCAUUCUGGCCAUUUGGUGUGAUCUUCAUUAUCGAGUGAGUGUAGGUGUGGGUGGCAGUUGUUGAUGAAUGUCUGUAGUUUGUUAGAAGUCCUCUACGGGACUCGCAAACUUUGCGAAGCAUAUAGCAGCACUGAAUUGACAUUGGUGUUGAAAAUCCAGAUCUCGUUCACACUUUGUUCUGAGUGCAGCAGACCUCCACACUGAUUUCGAAUUAAUGAAAGUCUGUGUUGUUUUACCGAUGUAGGUUUUGACAUUGUAAUCUGUGCCUGUGUC